AUGGAUGACCUUGGGUUUUUUAACGCGUCUCUGAAACACAGACUGACAAGAACUCAAAGUGCCUUUUCCCCGGUUGUGUUCAGCCCCCUCUUCACAGGUGAAACAGUGUCACUAGUGGACGUGGACAUCUCUCAGCGAGGACUGACCUCCCCUCACCCUCCGACUCCACCACCACCACCACGAAGAAGCCUCAGCCUGCUAGAUGAUAUCAGUGGGACGCUGCCUACAUCUGUCCUAGUGGGUCCAAUGGGCUCCUCCCUGCAGUCUUUCCCUCUGCCUCCGCCUCCUCCGCCCCAUGCCCCAGAUGCUUUCCCACGGAUUGUCCCGCUGAGGCCGAUGGAGGCGAUGCCCGGCCAGCCUGCCCCGCACCUGCAGUGUCCGCUCUACCGCCCGGACUCCAGCAGCUUCGCAGCCAGUUUGCGAGAGCUGGAGAAGUGCGGGUGGUACUGGGGACCAAUGAACUGGGAGGAUGCAGAGAUGAAGCUGAAGGGGAAGCCGGAUGGGUCCUUUCUGGUCCGAGACAGUUCCGACCCCCGUUACAUCCUGAGCCUCAGCUUUCGGUCGCAGGGCAUCACCCAUCACACCAGGAUGGAGCACUACAGAGGGACCUUCAGCCUGUGGUGCCAUCCCAAGUUUGAAGACCGCUGCCAGUCUGUGGUGGAGUUCAUAAAGAGAGCAAUCAUGCACUCCAAAAACGGGAAGUUUCUCUACUUCCUCCGAUCCAGGGUUCCAGGUCUCCCUCCAACGCCCGUCCAGCUCCUGUAUCCAGUCUCCAGGUUCAGCAACGUCAAAUCCCUUCAGCACCUUUGCCGCUUUCGGAUCAGGCAGUUGGUCCGAAUAGACCACAUCCCCGAGCUCCCGCUGCCCAAGCCCCUGAUCUCCUACAUCCGCAAGUUCUACUACUACGACCCGCAGGAGGAGGUGUAUCUGUCGCUGAAGGAAGCUCAGCUCAUUUCCAAACAGAAGCAGGAGACCGAAUCCUCCACGUAGCGAGGCUGCCUCGCCCGUCUUGUUGCUGUCACUGAUGGAAUUUGAUUGUUGCCAUCCUGUAGCCCGAGUCAGGCUGUGGUGGGAAGGAGGCACGCGACGGUGAAGCCUGCUUCUGCGGUGCCGCUUCUGCUCUCAAGCUCUUUUGUAUAGAGAAGAGGGUUCAAGACUCCUAAGAAGCACAGCAGAACGGGAACAAGAGCCUCGGCUCCUGGCUGAGGGAGAGGGGUCUCGGAGAUGGCUGAGCCCAGCUCGCGGACUCCUUGCAGAACAAAGAAUGUCAUGGCACUAUUUACAAUUUUUUGAAAGUUUUAUUUUUUAUGUCUUCUUUUUGUUUGUUUGUUUUCAGCAUGAGAAAUACUGUCUUACGAUCAGCUGAAUUUUAUUAUCCUCCCUUGGAAACUUCAAGGUGGGGAGAGAUAGAGAGAGAAGGGGACUCUCUAGGAAGAUCAUCUGCUCCAGGCAUUAUGGCAAGACUGUUCUUUGGCCCUCGCCAAGAGGGGAUGCAGCCGGAGAGCUGCUUGGAGGCAGACUGAGCCAGAAUCAUGUGCAGCUACGUGGAAUAGCCUCUGGGGAGCAUGGAGCUCUGAACAGCGGGCGGCUGCACAGCUCCCCUGCUUCCUAGGAUUUGGGAGAAGAGGACCGAACCUAGUCUUGGGCAGCUGAACUUUGCAACUGGGUUUGCAGGGUGGUCCUAUAUGCUUUUAAGUUGGGUCCAAGGAAGGAAGAGCAUGUGAGCCAUUUGGAUGUCCUGGAACCUUCUGCCAAAGGGAAUGGUUGCCGCCGCACUGGGGAGCGAGGGCCGCUCCCCUGGGGAGGCAUUGUUCCCUUAGCAAACACUGGAAGAUUUUGCUGAACCCCUGUGGUAAGUGGAAGGAAGGCGGCAAAGCUGUUGCUCUGUAACUGUUGCAGCAGUCCAUGGACCAAAGGUACUUGCUAUAGCGAUCUCAGUCUUUCAGAGCCGUGGGACGUGCACUUCUAGCCUUUCUCUGGCAGUGUCCAGAAGCUGUGAAUGAAGUGGCUUUCUGUAGAGCUGUGAAGGAUCCCGAUCAGGAGUCGCUGGGACAUUAAGAAGCAUCUUUGGGGUGACUUGGAGCAAGAAACGGAUGACUUAGGGUUCUUCUGGAACGGCAUCUGAUCUCUUCAAACUUGCUUGCUGCUUCCUCCUCUUCCUGGGAUGUCCAUGGAACCACAGCAGUGCAGAAACAGUAAAGCAAGAAGAAGUGGUAGCUCUUGCUGUGUUUCUGGGCUUGGCACGGGCUGAAAUACCGCCACACCCCACGCACCCCCUUUUCAAAUCCUGGUCUGCUGUUUCAUCCAUUGCAGCAACUGCAAAGAGUUUGCAUUUCAUGGUGAAGUUUAAAGUUUGCCUGAAGUGAUGCUGAGAAGCCUGGAGAAGCACCUUUCCUCCUGUAUUUAAACAAGCAAAUGUUCCUGUGCUCUCAAACCCGAGCGAAGGAAACGCUCCAUCCUGCAACAGUGUGGUCUGAAAAUGCGAUGUGGUGUGUGGCCCCGGUCGCCGGGUCUGAGGUCGGUGCCCUGUGAGCUGGCUGCGGUCACUCAGGAGCUGCUAGGACUUUGGUCUCGCCCUGCAGAAUGAUCUGUGUCCUUGAAUUAGACACAGUCGUGUGGAUUUUAAAGCAGCCUGGAGAAAUUCUGAUUGUCUGCCUCCGCCAAGCGUUGCUACGAAGGGUGCUAACAAAUCCUGCCCUCCCUUUCUUCACCAUCGCCUCUGGCCUCGGUUUUGGUCUUGGAGAAAAAGUAUGGUUUUUAAAAAGGAUUUGGCUUCCAGAUGAAACUAAUAACUAAGCUUCAAAAUCUGUAGAAAUACCUCAUUGGACUCUACUCACUACUGACUUUGUGUUGCGUCGUCGGGGCAGUGGUUAUCAGGAAGGGGGAGCUGCCCCAAGACGUGUUGAACAGCAUAUCCCGACCCUUGGUGAAAUUGGAGCUGAUCUAGUCUGCAGCUACCGUGUCCCCUCCGCGCGGGGACCAGCGUUCAUCCCUCCACAGCCGCCGCUGCGUUCCCUCCCCUCGGCUGUAGACCUACAGCUCACACCAAGUUAUCAGCGGA